UGUGACGCGCCCUGGGAGCCCCCGCCCCUUCGCGGCGCUGGGCCGGGAAUCCAGGCUCUCUGCGCCGUGAUGUCACGGGUCCGGGCGGGCGGACUUUGCGUCGGCCCAAUGGGAGCGGCGCGCCGGCCUCCCCUUUAAGGAAUGUUGUGACCUGACGUCAGCCGGGCGAGUUACCUCCCCGAGCCGCCGUCGCCGGGCUCAGCGCGAGCCUCGGAGCCCUUGAGCGCGAGGCGCGGAGCCCCCGGAGCCCCCGAACCGCAGCCACAUCCCCUCGUCGCGCGCCCCAGAGCCCCGGCCUGCGCGCCCCGCCGGGCCGGCGCGAUGCCCUCAGACCGGCCUUUCAAGCAGCGGCGGAGCUUUGCCGAUCGCUGUAAAGAGGUGCAGCAGAUCCGCGAGCAGCACCCCAGCAAAAUCCCGGUAAUCAUCGAGCGCUACAAGGGUGAGAAGCAGCUGCCCGUCCUGGACAAGACCAAGUUCCUGGUCCCGGACCAUGUCAACAUGAGCGAGUUGGUCAAGAUCAUCCGGCGCCGCCUGCAGCUGAACCCCACGCAGGCCUUCUUCCUGCUGGUGAACCAGCACAGCAUGGUGAGCGUGUCCACGCCCAUCGCCGACAUCUAUGAGCAGGAGAAGGACGAUGACGGCUUCCUCUACAUGGUCUACGCCUCCCAGGAAACCUUCGGCUUCUGAGCCAGCAGUAGGGGGGUUGGCUUGGGAGUGGGGGGGGUCCCUGUCAGGCUCUGCCCUGGGAGCUCCUGGCACCUGAACUGAGCUGCCUCUGCCCCUGCCCCUGGUGGGCUGGGCGGGGAUGCCACAUCCUAGCCAGGGGGCACCAACCGCACCUACCCUGCCCCUGGGUGGAUCCUGGCCCAGUCAUGUUAGGGUUGCCCCUCUGGGUGCUGGCUGGGAUGGGGGGAGGUUGGGAGCAGUGCCUAGCACCCCUGCUCUGUGUGGUUUGUCUUUUUUUUUAGGCCCCUGCCUGUCUGCCCAUCUGUCCCUCCCUGACCUGAGGUGCUGCCCAUGCCUGGACCUGCCCACCCCGAAGGACUGGCCCCUGGCUCACCCAGUCUUGACAUGGUGUAUGGAUCUGUGGUCAUUGUUCCUCUGCAGAAUAAAGAUUGCUCAGGCCUG